GCUCAUUUUGCCCUUCCGCCGCGGUUUAGUACCUUCCCCACUCUCUCCAAGGAUGCUGUCAAGGCCGCACAUAAGGAGCAUGCCCGGAGCAGCAGCACGCUUCUUCGAGCCAAGCGCGCACGACACGGCGUCGUUAAAAAUUCCAAGGCUGAUCCUCGUUCAACCAAGGUGUACACAGCCCCAUUCGACCGCCUUUACCCAGGACACCAGCCCGAAACUCCACUUCUUCGCAUUGUGGUGGACGACAGUGUGGGUGCUCCUCCAGCGUUGCCUCGUUGACAUCCAGAUCCUCACAGGUGUCAUCAGCCGUGUCUGUCGUGGCGAGAGACUCACCCAGUGGGGUGAGGUACUCGAGUCCGGCAGCUGUCGACGAUGCCGUCAAUGAGGGCGAGUCUAAGAGACUGGAAGAUACAUACAUUGGUCGUUA